AUGAAGAAUUUGCACGAAAAGGACUUUCAUUGGUUGUGUUCGAGGGCAAUAGUGUCACCUAGGAAUGAUACUGUCAACGAAAUAAACAAUAUGAUUUUACAAAAAGUUUCUGGCCAAAUAAAAAUCUACAGAUCGAUCGACACCGUCACGAACAUCGAAGACGCAGUGCAUUAUCCACAGGAAUUUUUAAAUUCACUAAAUCCUUCUGGACUGCCAACACACGAAUUGACGUUAAAAAUCGGAAUUCUAAUCAUGCUUUUGAGAAAAUUAAGACCUCCGAGUAUGUGUAAUGGAACAAGACUGCUUAUUAAGGAAUUAAAGGACAAUUUAAUUGUAGCGACCAUUAUUACCGGCCCAGCAGCUGGUUAUAUUCCGAGGAUACCGAUGAUCCCAACUGAUCUGCCAAUCCCGUUUAAACGGGUUCAAUUUCCGGUGAAAAUAUCUUUCGCGUUGACUAUUUACAAGUCCCAAGGUCAAACCUUCGAAUUAGUAGGGAUCGACCUACGAAAGAAAUGUUUUACUCAUGGCCAACUGUAUGUAUCACGGAGCAGUUUUUUAGCAAUAAAUAAAGUCCGAUAA